AUGGCAGCGGAGGCGCAGAAGAAUCAGUGUAAAGGAUGUAAGCAAGAGUCCCCGUUAAGCGGUACGGAAAAGUUCCUGUUAGAAGGCGAGAAAUGCUGCUCCGAAAAUUGUGAACGUUGCAAAUUGAAGAACUGCGGGGACGAAAAGAAGUGCCAAUGUCAUAUUUGUACAUGCGGAUGUCAGGAUGAAAAGAACAAGGGUAAAUCGUGUAAGAAUUCAUCUUGUGUGGCAUGCAGAGUAAUAUGUAAGCAGCUGAAAGACGACGCGAGAUGUCGAUGUACAUUUUGUGACUGUGGAUGUGAGAAUGCUUUAAAAAAGGGUAAGCUGUGCUCUGACAAGAAAUUUAGCAGUUGUGACAAGUGUGAGAAAAAAUGUGGUAAAUCAAAAGACGGCAGUUGUAUAUGCUACCUCUGUAGCUGUGGAUGUAACGGAGUGAAUUGUCAGUGCUGUGAACGGUGUAACCCUGAAACCAAAUGUGAGGGUAAAGAUACAUGCGACACCGAGGAGCAACACGAUAAAACGACCUGCCCAAAGGGGAUGUGCAAAGAAAAGGCUGGAUCAUGCUUUCAAGUCACAUGCAUGUGCAAAGAUUUGGGUAUCGAAAAGCGAGACGACGUAUGCGAGUGCUUAUGUAAGUGUCAAAAAAAAUGCCCCAGAAUAACAUGUCCUAAACUUUCCGGCGGAGCCUGCCCUCGUCCUGGCACUAAUGGCAGAUGCGGCUGCGACUGCACUUGCAGCUGCAAUGCCUGUGGCAAGUACUAUGACGGAAAUGGCAAACUAGUUGAUGUCUGCGGAAAUGAUGCUGCAAUGCGCUUCUACGCCAUCGGCAAAUGCCGCUUCAAGUGCACCAACUGCGGCAGGCUGUGCGACCAAGAUAGAUGCAUGAAUUGGAUACGUGUUAUAGUCAUAGGUUUGAUUAUUUUAGCAUCCUUGUUUGUGCUGCGGGCCAUAUUUCCCGAGAAGUUCCGCGCGAUAAUGACUAAAAUACGUGCCACAUUUGCCAGCUCGCCUGUGCAUUCCGGUAGAUCCCUCAAUAAUCUCGUCGGCCAUAGAAUUCCCGAGGAGACGAACGUUGACCGCUACCCCGCCUUCCGUCCAAGGGCAUACGCUGGCUUGUCGUAG